CGACGGGAUCGGGGCGGUGGGAGCUGGAAGCAGCGAGAAGGGGUCGAGCCGAGAGUCCGGACUGAUCCCGUCGGGACCUGCGCGUCCUCCGGUGCCGCGUCGCAGGAUGGGCUCCCGCGCGGGCUGAGCCCUCCGGGGCGGGGGCACCGCGCGUGUAGGAGUGCUUGUUUACAGCUCCCUCGCUUCGGGCUUUUGCGGCGUAGGAAGGGACGAAAUAAGCAGCUGGUCAGGACUGUGCUGUGAAAAAUGAGUGGUGGGUUGGCACCAAGCAAAAGCACAGUAUAUGUGUCCAAUUUACCCUUUGCUUUGACAAACAAUGAUCUGUACAGGAUAUUUUCAAAGUAUGGGAAAGUUGUCAAAGUUACUAUUAUGAAAGACAAAGACACCAGGAAGAGCAAAGGAGUUGCCUUUAUUUUGUUUUUGGAUAAAGAGUCUGCACAAAACUGUUCUCGGGCACUUAAUAACAAACAGUUGUUUGGAAGAGUAAUAAAAGCAAGUAUUGCCAUUGAUAAUGGAAGAGCAGCAGAAUUCAUUCGCAGGCGUAACUACUUUGAUAAGUCUAAGUGUUACGAAUGUGGGGAAGCAGGACACUUAAGUUAUGCUUGUCCUAAGAAUAUGCUAGGAGAGCGGGAGCCACCAAAGAAAAAAGAAAAGAAGAAGAAAAAGAAAAUAGUUGAGCCAGAAGAAAUUGAGGAGGAAGGAGAAAGCGAAGAAGAAGGAGAAGACCCUGCUCUGGAUAGCCUCAGCCAAGCCAUAGCUUUUCAGCAAGCCAAAAUUGAGGAAGAACAACAGCGAUGGACGCAGACUGCAGGGGAAUCUUCAAUUUCAGAUGAUUCAAAACGUCCACGGAUUAAGAAAAGUGCUUAUUUCAGUGAUGAGGAAGAACUUAGCGAUUGAAAUAAUACUAUUCUAUAUGUAUAUAUAAUAUAUGUAGUGUACCUUUUGUAAAGUGCUACAAAGUGAUCUGUAAUAUAAGUUUGUUUUGGUGUUGGAGACACUGAGAGUCAUGUUGUAUUUUUAUUCUGUCCUCUCACCUUCCUGUCUUUUUAUACCUGUGUCUCAAAACUUCACCUUUCAAGGCAGCUUCUUAAGGAAAUGGUGUGUUCCUACAAUUACAUCCAGAGGAGUAUCUAUGAGAAUACUUACAGUUAGUAUCUAGACCCAAACCCUGGGAGCGAAAUCUUUCCUAAGGGAAUUUCCCACAACUUUUUUCCCCAGAAGAUUCCUCUUAGGAUGACUGUUAGCACCACUGAUUCUUUAAGUAUUGGUCUGUUUAUUGCCUUUUUGGAAGCAGGAGGCUUUAGCGGUACUUUAGUGGAAUGUGAAUCUUGCACUAGUUCCUCUUCAUAGGGUUGAAUUUCAGCUUUAAGCAUUGUACUAGUCUUUUAACUCCUCGUACAGUAGAUGACAAAUUACUGUCACAUCAGCACUGUUUCUCCUGACUGCAGUUUGGGUGCCUAACAUGGUAAUUACAGUUAUCCAUGGGGUUUUGAAUAUACUUGUAUCUAACCUGGGUCACAGUUCUAUGUUCACAGCCAUCUGAACCUGUUGGCAAAAUCCAAAAGACACAAAGUUUCCUACAUGCUUAAAAAUUAGCUUUCAUGUAUACUUGGAACCAUCGUGAUCUCUAAGCAAAGUGUGUUGGCACUUAUUUUGCAAAUAAAGCUGUCACGACCUUUUAAAUAGGAUCUCCAUCCUUACAUCUCUAGGGUUCUAGUCAUGUUCUCCUGUACCAGUGAUCAUUCCCAAAACCACAGACACUUGAUGUCUUACUGUUCUUACUGUUCUUACAAUUCUUACUGUUUAACCAUCAGGACUUAAUUUUCUUCCAAAUAUUCCAUUAUCUAUAUUUAAUACCAAUUUACUUUCAAAUACAUAAGAUGCAAGGCAAAGAAACACACACACCCACCCCAUCGAAGCUAGUGUAUAGUCUGAAGGUCAUUCUUGUGCUUGUGUUGCUCCAUAAACACAAGAAUUCAGAAACAAGAAUAAGGUAAUAAAAGUUUUUUCUCUGCAAGCUACUCAAGCCAUCGGAAUAAGGAGGAAUAUUAGGUUUUAGACAUAGGAAGGUCUUGAACUCAGUAAUCAAAGGAAUGUUUAUAAGACUGACUUUUUGCUAAAAGUACUAUAUAUUAAAUCUGAAGCUUCCUUUACUGAAUUUUGGGAAGAUCUCGAUACUGAAUAGCAGAGUGCUAAAGUGCCAGGCUUAGUGAUAAUAAAUGCAAAUCAGUCUACAUCGUGUAUGUAAUAAUAAAGCCUGAGGAGUUCUAAACUCUGCUAAGGAAGAAAGUCUUGCUGCCAGCAUGCUUCUCUGCAAAUGCUAGGUUAGGAGUCAAAAAAAAAAGAAAGCAAAACAAACAAAAAUAUUAGACCACUACUUAAAAUUGGGGUUUGUCUUUUUUUCAAGUACCAUAUUCAAUGCUGUUUUUUAAAAAAGAUAGAAAACUAAAAUGUGACAGAGGACCAGUUUGACAUUGUCCAUGACUUUGGUUUGGGAAUAUUUGAUAGCUUGUAAGAGUUAAGAUUUCAAUGAAGUGAUUAGGGAGCAAGUUUCAAACUUGUAUUUCAUUACACUGUGUAAUGUAGUAGUGGAACUCACUGCUAGGAGUCUUCAGGGUCAUGCAGUCAAAAGGAUUAGGCUUAUAUGUGAAACAGAUUUUCAAAUGUUAGUUUAAAUAAAGUCUCCACUAAGAAGUAUCCUCAGUUGCUGGCUACCUCUAACAGUUAAAAUAUACAAAGAUAUUAACAGUCUAGGAAUGUAUUGUUCUUAACACACUUUACUGUUUCAUAUUUGCUACUGGUGUCUUGUCAGAAAGCAUAAAACCCAAAACUGACCCUUAUUCUGACCUAAUAAAGUACUUUUUCAAGAGCUGCAGUAGCUGAAGCAUGUUGAUAUAUCUUCCUAGUCUGCUGCUUCUGCCUCACUGCUUUCCUCGUAGGAUUUGUUCUUGUCAGCAUGAAGCAGUAGCUCAGUCCAGACUAUUACAAUUGACCCAGUGUUAUUCCUCCAUGCUCUUUUGUACCAAGCAUAAACAGUUGAGGUAGGUGACAUUGGAAGAGAAAAAUAAAAAUGAGCCUGCUUCUGUGCAUAAUUGGCAUCCAGAAUUCCUUACCUUAAAUCAUCUUGCUGUAACGAUUUUCUUAACUCUGAACUUCUAUUGUUUAGUGGUGCUUCUAGUUUUUGCCUUAGAGUCAGAGUAAAGGAGAAUACACCUAAUGCCUAAACCAUGAUCUAGAGGGACUUGGGAGGAGUCAGAUUUUUGCACUUGAUCUUCCGAAUAAUUUUAAAUUUCUAUUCUUUGUUGGCAAGUAACAAAGCAUUUCUAGGUGAGGAAUUCAGAGCACUAGCAUUAGAUAACCACUGUUAGAUAGUGUGAGUACCUGUUCUGCUUACUUAAAUCCAAAAUUGUUUCUGGCAGCAGCCCCUGAUGCAGCUUUCUCAUCCUGAAAAAGAAGGCCAGAACUUGUCAAUGAAGUCUCUUUCUGAUCUUUGAACGUGGAGGGGUUUGCUCCUAUUCAUGUCCACCAUCACCUACUCUAAGCAGCAUGGCUUCAGGUUGCCAUCUGAGUCCCAUCAGUGCUGAGGAGCAAGGGGGGAAUGUUAACUAGGCUCCUGAUUUAGGUCAGGCCAAUAGGGUGCAAUUAUUUUGCAAAGCUUCAGCAACAGAGUGGUGCUUUUGUCAGUGUGAUAUCAUGAAGCACCAACUCCAGAAAGAGAAAACAGCUUUGGUGGUUGUAUGGCUCUGGGCCAGACGAGGUGAGACUCUGUAGCCUUGUUAUCAAAAGAGAGAAGAAUAAAAAUCACCUUGUAGAACACCUUAUUGUUGCUGUUAGAAAAACCACAGGAUUGUCUUCUGAGGGGGCCGUGUGCAGGAGGUGUGUUGGUUUGGGGUUAUUUUUAGUACUUUGGGGACUUACCUUAGGCUAGCAAGCUGACUGCUAAUUUUAGAGUAUAGAUAGUUUGGCUCUCAUAAGUAGCAGAUCUUUUUUUUUUAAUAAUGUCAAAAACUUGGAUCUUUCUGCAAACAUCCACUUAUUAAAUUUUAUCUUUCGUGCUUUCCAAACAGCUUGAAAAUUGUCAAAAUAUGUUCUGGGUCAUAGAACCUCUUGUCUGUUGAAAUGGCUAACAGAGUAGUGUCUCAAAAGCCACGAGGAGAUGCCUUUUAUCUGUCCUUGUGGAAGAAGGGGCUAUGGAAGUGAGAUAAGGACAAUUAGCUUAACUGAACAUAAAUGGUAUUACUCACACUGUGCCUCUGCAGCACUUGUUAAAACCGUUGCAGCUAUGAGACACAGGAGUAAUUUUAGUCCAUGUGUAACAGGCUCCCACUAUGCUCUUGGCAUAUUCAGGUUACUACUCUCAACAGAGCAAUAGAAGGGACUGUAAAUACAAAGAACUGUGUGUAGCUAAAUAUGUGAUGUCUGGAACAAAUUGUAAACACUUUGGCUUCUGGGUCACUGUGUUCUCUGGGAUAGCCCUUUAAUCUGCAGAGAUGACUUACUGUAGCAUGGGAAGGUGAGCUGUGCAGGCUGUCUAGCUGUAGUCUUCUGAGGCAAAAAAUAUUAAAUUGCUUAGAAAAGCUGGAUGUAAAAUGUGAUAUUUUAAAAUGGCAUUUAUGAAGUGCUACUAUAAGCGUUUCUAUUCUAUUUCGCAUCUGCAGUGUCAAUACAAUUAUAUAUUCUGUCACUAUUC